AUGGGCAUAAACUUAUUAGACACAACUUUGAAACUAGUCACAAAAGUAAUAACAAACAAAAUUAACGCAAUUACAUCUUUGUCGAAAGAACAACAAAGCUUUAGAUCCGGAAGAUCAUGCGUGGACGCUGUAUUCAUAUUGAGACAAGUAGUUGAGAAAUCCAUAGAAUAUAACAAACCAGCAUAUCUGUGUUUCAUAGACCUUCAGAAAGCGUUUGACCGCAUUCAACUUAAAGAUGUUAUACACCUGCUAUAUAAUAGAGACAUUCCAAUAAAUAUAGUUCAGACCAUCGAGAACAUCUAUUCCCAUAACCAAGUCCAAGCUAGAAUUAAUAACAUAACAAGUUGA